UGGGACAGCACAGGAUUUAACGACACCAGCCGUUUCUUCUAUUUCCUCUACUUCUUCUGUCUCUAUUGUUUCUUCAGCGUCUCCAUCUGUUGAGAUAACGAGCUCUUCAAUACCUUCUGUGUCAUCUACCAACGCUUCAGAUCUAUCUACCCCGACAAAAUCAUUUAUUCAUUCCAUUUCUUCACUGACUUCUGCAGAUCCCUCAACAGUCACUUCAUCUCCCACCGACACAGAAACGUCAACACCCACUUCUAGCACUUCCGAUUCUAAAAUAGCAUCAACAAAAAAUAUAAGUCCGAACACAAACACAGGGAUUAGCUCCAGCACCAACACCUUUUCAACUCUCACCCAAGUAGUAACCAUAGAACCUUCAAAUAUAGGCACUGUUUCGGGUAAAACUUCCUCAUUCACCACAGUUCUUUCAACCGAAACUCACGUUGCGUCAGGGUUUACCACACAAUUGACGACCACGGAUGCUCAUGGCGACGAAACUAUAUUUUCUACUGUAGUACCACCUUCAACCGUUGUAGUAGUAGAUGCUGUUGUUUCUUCUUUACCAGAAGAUAGCGUCGGAAGUUCAUCUACGAAUUCUGGUAUUUCCUUAAGGGGAAAUCAAGGGAUUAUGGGUAUUGGAUUGAGUCUCGUUAUAGGAUUCAUUCAUAUAGUAACAUAG